GUGUAAGCUAAGUGGACUGUGGUUCCUCCAUCUUUGGUAGUGCAAUUGCAGUGGAACUUCUGGAUAUGCUGAAGCGUUUCAAUGCUCAAAAUAGAAUGCAGACUUCUGGCAAGGGCAACUUUCAAAGAAGGUAAACAGCCUGCCAGAAAACUUGGAAUCCAAUGCUCAUAGAUGACCUUUGAAACUCGUUUUCGACAUGCCGUUCAGCUUGGGCUGGUGCUAGUGCCAACCAGCGUUUCUUCUGGAUUUGUUCAUUUGAUGCCACAGCCGUGGCAUUCUUUGCCUAGUUUGGAUGCCGGCCUGGAGCGUGCAGCUCAGGCCGAAUAUGAGUUGGGUGUCCAGGCUUGGAACCUGAGACAAGCAGAGCAAGGAUUGGAAUUGUUUCUCCGGAGUGCCCAGAAAGGCUAUGAAGUCGGAGAGUACUGCUUCCGCUACGGCAUGUACCAUGAAUUUCCACCUUCAGAUAUGCAGCAAGCGUUUCGCUGGUACAAAAGAGGAGCGCGCAUGAACCACAAAGGUUCAACGACAAUGCUGGGCAAGCUCCAUUUGGCAGCUGGUCAAAGGGACCAGGCUAUGCAUGUCUUGCAGCGUACAGCUGUGCCAAAUCGAGCCUUCCGUACAGAAGGCCAUGGCGGUCAAAGAGGUGAUUCUUUAGCGCAAUGGUUUUUAGGAGAAUUGUUCUUGCAAAGCGCGAAGCUUCGAGAUGCUGUGAAAUGGUGGAAGCUGUCUGCGGAGAACGGAGAUAUUGAUGCCAUGAUGCGCCUGUCACAAAUCUUCAAGGAUGGUGCAGUUGGAAUUCCUCAGGAACCUAUGUUGUCCCGCCAUUGGCUGUUUGCGGCUGCUGCCCAUGGGCACAAGGACGCACUUGAUCAUGUGAAUUGGGCUGCAACGUUGCGCCCCCGUGCGGAGCAAAAGUGGAUUGACUUGAUGGAAGAAUAUGGCUGGAUCUGAGGUUUUGCGGCGUCGCAAGCCUGACUCAACAAGUCAGUUGUUUCACAAGACAGGUGUCAUUGAGGCAAAGAGGAAGCUGGGCAAGAGGAAGGGCAAAAGAGUCUAGGAAGGGCA